CGUCAUCCAGAAGUUAUCGCUGCCUGCUUGCUGACAGCUUGAGCACGUCCACAAGAGCUCUCUGCGACUCGUUACAUCCGAACCCUAUAGUCACUGUAGUUGUUGGGUGCUACGUCAUCACAACCUACCUCCAGUUCUACGCCCCGCCGCGCACGAGCUAGCUUACCGCGUCUAGCCCGCAGCCUGCAAACACACGACCGCAUCCGCUCCACAACUGCACACCUCACACGCAAUCGCAUCGAUACGUAGUCUCAGGCUGUACCGCCAGCUUCCGUCACACCUCACCCUACCAAUCCUCGUACUGCGCUGCACAAGAACUCCUCAAAAUGACUGGCGAAGCAUGGUUGUACCUUCUGGCGGUGUUGAUAAACGCCGUCAACCUGUUCUUGCAGGUCUUCUUCACCAUUAUGUACAGCGAUCUCGAAUGUGAUUACAUCAACCCCAUCGACCUCUGCAACCGCCUCAACACCUACAUCAUCCCCGAAGCCGCCGUUCACGCUUUCCUGACCUUCCUCUUCCUCAUUAAUGGAUACUGGGUCGCGCUCAUUCUCAAUCUGCCUCUCCUGGCAUGGAAUGGCAAGAAGAUCUUCGAGAAGAACCACUUGCUCGAUGCAACAGAAAUCUUCAGGAAGCUGAAUGUUCAUAAGAAGGAAUCCUUCAUCAAGCUUGGUUUCCACCUGCUGAUGUUCUUCUUCUACCUGUACAGCAUGAUCGUUGCUCUCAUCCGCGACGAGACCCACUAAGCGCGCACGCCGCGGUUCCGGCAAUACUGAUCUAGGAUGGAAGCCUUCACCACGGUUGGGCUGGUUUCCUCCAUGACUAAACGUGAGAGCGUGGCCAAGUUGGCAGACGUGGGCGCGCGUUGCCUGUGGGGACUGGAUACAGACGGCUCAUCUGAGGGUGCUUGAGCAGAUGGGCGAGGGAUUAGAUAUGAUGGAUACCAACAAGAGGGCUGGGGGGAGGUGCUCAAACGAUCGUUGCAUCGAACGACUUUAUGUUCUUAUGGGCUAUGUUAGCGUUGUCUUGUAAGCCUUUCUGUAUAUGAAUGAUGUAUGUACGCUCGUUGGGCGACAUUGCAAAAGUCACUUU